GACGAGAAAAAUCAAAUAAUGACCACAAACGUGUGGUUGAGACAUGAAUGGUACGAUACACGUUUAGAAUGGAGUCCUGAAGAAUAUGGCGAUGUCAAAAUGAUGCAUAUUCCAUCGAAGGAUUUAUGGAGGCCAGAUAUUGUAUUAUACAAUAAUGCCGACGGUGAAUUCGUAGUGACCCUAAUGACAAAGGCCACCGUCCACUUCGAUGGCCGAAUCGUCUGGGAACCUCCAGCUAUUUAUAAGAGUUACUGUCCUAUUGACGUCGAGUUUUUCCCGUUUGAUAUGCAGCAGUGCUUUAUGAAGUUUGGAUCGUGGACCUACGAUGGAAACCAAGUGGACCUUCAGCAUUUUUGCAUGGAAAAGGGCAUUACUACCGCUACUGGAGAAGUGGUAAUCAAACGAGGAAUUGACUUGAAGGACUACUAUCCCAACGUAGAAUGGGACAUUAUCAAUGUAACUGCGAGACGAAAGGAGAAGUUCUAUGGAUGCUGCAUAGAACCCUAUCCGGAUAUUAUGUUCAACGUUACACUGCGCAGGCGCACGCUCUUUUAUACAUUGAACUUAAUAAUGCCCUGCAUUUCCAUCUCCUGUCUCACUGUUUUAGUUUUCUAUUUGCCUUCAGACAGCGGUGAAAAAAUUACUCUGUCUAUUUCGAUAUUGCUAGCACUUACUGUAUUUUUUCUGUUAUUGUCAGAUAUAAACCCGCCAACCUCACUGGUUGUUCCACUUAUAGGAAAAUAUCUAAUGUUUACAAUGAUUGUAGUCGCUAUGUCAAUAUUCAUGACCGUAUUCACGCUGCACAUGAACUACAGAGCUCCAACCACACACAAAAUGAGACCUUGGGUGCGUCGAAUAUUCACGGAAAUUCUUCCCAAAAUUCUACUGUUAAAACGUCCCCAGUCGCGGUGCAAAUCUCAAGUCGCGGUUCGAACGUGCAGCGGAGUCGAAGUCCGUGAAACGUACACCGUAGCCCGUCACUGGUCUCGUUUCAAGAAUAUGCCAGCCCCGUCGACUGCUAACCGCUUGCGGCGCCUCCGGCACCAUCGGCCUCAUACGUUGCAUAUCGACGAUCAAGACAUGGCGACGGCUCAAUCUACGGCCAGUCGACAUGCGCACGAGAUACAUGAGGUCAUUGAAGGGGUCAAGUAUAUUGCAAACAGAAUGCAGGAUGAAGAUGAACGUGCUGAG